CCACAAUUGAGGCAAAGACCUUUCACUUUGUUCCAGUUUCUCUGUCCUCCUUUCAUGUAUACAGCACAGCAACUACUGCUCUCCUGACAUGGAAGCUUCUUAGACAACAAAACAUAUCAAGCUUGAGCUUAUACUACACUCACACACAGUCUGUCACACACUUCAACAUAAACCCCUCACAGGCAAAGUCCCAGUACACUUUGAAGGGUCUUCAACCUGGCACACACUUCAAGGUCAUAGUUGUGGUGACUACGAUGCUUAAACAGGUUAAUAUGAUCCUGAGGCAGAGAUUCCACAUUGGCAUGGAAACAGCUCAAUGCCCCCCUGGUUGGCUGCCCAACGGGAGGAACUGCUUCACUGUAAGAAGAACAGGUUUAACCUGGGAUGGAGCCCAGCACAGCUGCAAACGCCUGGCAGAUGGAAGUCACCUGGCUGACCUGAAGACCCUGGAAGAUCUGUUUUUUGUUUCUUCUCAAAUUUUGAGCCACAGCAGUUUGCUGCUAUUAUGGACUGGACUCAGUGAUCAGCAGGAAGAGGGCCAGCCUCUCUGGUCUGACGGCUCACCAUAUAACCUGACACACGCUUUGGUGACAUUACCGCCAGCCAGUCAAACAGACUGUUUUGCACUUCAGAGGAAUGCUACAGGACCGGGAUACUUUCUUACUCCAUUCUUCUGUAACAUCCCCUUACCCUUCAUCUGCCAAUACCAGACCCCUCAAGUCCCAUCAUUAUUCUCCUUUGACCUGGUUCAGGUGACAGAGCAACAAGUAGAGCUUCGUUGGAGUGACCUCGCACCCUUGAACUCACUUAAUCAUUCAUCUCUUGAGAUAUUCCUCCAGUACCAUGAGGAGGCCAGUGGAGGAUGGGGUCAAGGUGAAUGUAGAAACAGGAGGUCAGAGGAUGAAAAGGGGACACGGAACCAGAACGGUAUUAAAAAAAUUGUCAAAGUCCCCCUCUCCCUCACCUCCAGAGGGGUAACUGUGGCAGGUUUGGCUCCAGGAAGUGUUUACUCUUUUACCCUUCGGGCUUCUCACGCUGCUGGCUCCUCCUGGAGCUUGGGACAGACACGGACCGCGUACACUAGACCUCUACCUCCACAAAAUAUCACUGUGGGCCCCAUAACAGUCAGUCAGAUUAAUGUUCACUGGAUGCUGCCAGAAGCACAGUGUGUGGCUGGAUGGACAUUUGUUGUACGCUGUGUGGACAUGUCUUCAAAACGAGAGAGGAUUGUUAGAAUGACCAAUAUCUCUAUUUCGUCUGAGACUGGUGGGUUGCAGUCGCACACUGCUGUUAUUGGAGGGCUGGACUCUUACAAGAAAUACAUGAUUAACGUUUACACAGUCACCAAACAGGGGAUAGAGAGCUGUGGACAAGUGCCUCUGACUGUGCAGACUGCUUUGAGGGCCCCUAGUGGUUUGAUGGUGCAGAGCACAAGGCAAAAUCUGACAGUCUGCUGGAUCCGUCCACUUGAUGAGCCUCCAGAUGGCUAUUUUAUCACAUCCCAGCUACUCAAUAGCCACAGUGCUUCUUCAUUGUGGAUAAACCAAUCCAGUCCUGGUGCACACUGGGCAAAUCAUUCCAUAUGCAUUGAUUUGGGCACAUAUACUCCAGGUCAGAGUUAUGACAUAGGAGUGGUCUCACUGAAGGAACAAACUAGGAGCCAGAGGACCAGCAUCAUACACACCACAGUACCAAUGCCAGUUCAGGUUGCGGUCCCUCUUUUAGUGGCCACAAACUCUGCACAGCUGUAUAUCCAGCAUCCACAGCUGGGUCUGAUUGAUGGGGUGAAAGUAUGUAUUUGUCCUGGAGUUUGUGAUGCUGUACGUGAGGGAUCAUGUGGGCAUACAUGCAGCUGGUACUCCCUCCCUGCUGGAGUUCAUAUCGUAACCCUUAACAACCUCAGUCCCGGAUCAGAGUACCAGCUCAGGGUGUACAGCACCAGCCGAGAGCAGACGGGACCACCAUACUCCACGCAUCCCAUUAGAACUGGUCUGGUCCCUCCUAGCAGAGUGAGAGAGGGCCUGGUGACAGAUUCAUCCAUAGAGCUGCUUUGGGAUCCAGCGCAAGGACAGGCUCACAGCUACGAGGUCAUCUGCCUCAACUGUGAGCCUUCACACAUGGUGCAGAAGGUGUUCAGCCAGAAUGCAGUGUUUUCUAGUCUGACUUCAGGCAGACUCUAUCACUUUACAGUACGAACAGAAAAGGAGACUUUCACUGAUAGUUCCCCAGUCACCAUCAACAUCACUACAGCCCCCAGCCCAGUGGAGGUGACUCUUGUCUAUAAAACCACAUCAUCCAUACACAUUAGCUGGAGUAUGGUCAGGGGAGUGGUGAGCGGGCUCAUCCUCUCAAUCAGAAAUAGAACAUUUAAUCAGGAGCUGAUCAUCUCUCAUCAGGAGCUAAGAUCUUAUACUUUUGAAGACCUUGCUCCAGGAUGCCAAUAUACAAUUGAAGUGAUUAGCACCAGCAGGGAAAGGAAGAGUAAACCUGCUACUGUGAUCCUCCAUACUAUCCCAGAGGUACCACAGGAAGUGACUCUUUCAGUGCAGAUAGUGACAUCUGCGUUUGUCACCUGGAGACCACCGCCAGGACAGGUGGAGGGAUACAGGCUUGCUUUUGGUCUGCUGUCCAUUGACAGGAAAUCAUGGACUGAGGUGCUUGUCUGGAGUACAAGUUAUGAGAUUAGUAAUUUGAUCCCAGGGUCAGACUACGGUCUCAGCAUUCAGAGUGUGCUGGGCUCAGACUCCAGUCAGCUGAUCCACAGAGAGUUCAUUACACGCCCAGCAGGAUUAUGCACCAUCCAUUUGGUCAGCGUGAACUCUUCCUCUGUUUCUGUAAGCUGGGACAGUGUGUUUGGAGAGUUUGACUUCCACAGAGUCACUGUGGCCAACACAUCGGUCACAAACACACUCAUCAUACCCAAAGAGGAACAGGUUGCUGUGGUUACUGGGCUGGUGGACGGAUGCAGCUACAACGUGAGUGCUGAGAGAGUGAGAGGAGUGACAGCGGGAAGUGCUGCCUUUCUGACCGUAACCACAGUGCCAACCCGUGUACGAGGACUGCGUCUCCUAAAUGCGACUGCGCACGCAUUCUCGCUACAGUGGGAGCAAGCACUGGGGUGUGUGGAUUAUUACCAAGUGAACCUGCAACCUACCCAGGGAAAAGUCACUGUGUACCCUGCACGUGAUGGAUACAUUCAGGCUGAUGUGGUUAGUGUCAGUCCAGGGACAAAAUACACUGUAACGGUCACAGCAGCCUCCUCCUCCAACAUCGGCCCUGGAGUCAGCCGCAUGGUUAAUACUAAUGAGAGUGUUCCCGGUCCACCUUUAGACCUAGAAGGCGAAGCUGUAGGCUCUAACGGGAUUCUGCUUUCCUGGACCAUUCCACGUGAUGCUACCAAUAUUGAGGAAUAUGUCAUCAGAUACAAGGAGGUAUGUCCCUAUCCUGAUCUCACCUUCACGCAGGUGAUCAAGUAUCUGGAAGUGCCAGAGACCCUGAUCACCGACUUCACCUCUGGUUCCACAUACCACAUUCAGGUAGCAGCCAAAAAUCCAGCUGGAAUUGGACCAUUCAGCAAGUCUUUAUACAUAAAGACCGCUGAGUCCCCCCCUGGCAUGGUGACCAACCUGACAGCAUUUGCUCAAAACUACAGCUUUGUCAUGAUUACUUGGUUCCUGCCGCAACAGAUCAACGGCCUCAUCACGAAAUUUUCUGUCAAGGCAAAACUCGUGCGUUCAGGGCAGACGGUCCACAAGCUGGAGAUCAAUGCAGAAGACCUCAUGAUUAUAGCACUGCCUCACUGCAAUGAUGCAGCUGAUAUCCUGUCCCGUGCAACCAUCAGUCCUUUGGAUGUAACAGCAUCGUCUGCCCCCAUCACCCUCUCUGCCGUGCCCCCUGCAGUUGCCUGGAGCAUGCCUAUAUCAGUAGGAGUUGAUCAGCUGCGACCUUACACUGCCUAUCUAUUUGAAGUGUCUGCUUUCACUUCUGAGGGAGAGGGACAGAUAGCCUCCACCAUGGUCCGCAUGCCGGAAUCAGCCCCAGAAGACCCACCACAAAACCUAUCUAUAAUGAAUGUGACGUCAAGAUCAAUUUCUGUUUCCUGGAAGUCUCCCAAGAUCAUCACAGGAAAAUUCACCUACACGCUCUAUCUUUGCGGACCUCCAGGAUUUUUGUAUGAGAACAGCACAGGAGAAAUGCAAUUUGCCUUUACUGAUUUGACUCCCUACACAAUGUAUGCGGUGGCUGUCCGAGCCAAAGCUGCUGGAGAAGUGGGUCCAGCAGCACACGAUCAAAUAAUUACUUCUGCUGAAGCACCCAGUGCAGUGCAGGAUCUCAUGGCUGUAGCCAAGGAUUCGGUUUCAAUCCGUGUGAGUUGGAGAAGCCCUGCCCACCCCAAUGGUGUGAUUACCCAGUACAGACUGCAGGUCCUUUCUGACAACACUCUGCUGCAGGACAUCUACUUCAAUGCAGGCAUAAAUACAUCUGAUUUGUUUCAAUAUGAAACACUUCCCUGUGAUGUCCGUAACAGCCCAGGGAAGCAUAGGAGAUCUGCUGAGCUCAGUCUGGAGCUCAGUCUGAUCACAUCACCACCAAUUUUCACAGCCAGUGCUGAUGAUCGCACAGUGCACAGUGGUAUGACUGACACACCCUCUGAACUUACAAGCACUGGCCACUACGCUGACCCUGACGUUCUACCUAUAACUGAACCCAUGGUCACUGAGACAUCCACCUCUGCUUCACAGUCUAACAGCAUAGAUGUUCAGUAUUCUGACCCUCCAGUUUUUGGGACCUCUGCUUUGUCUCUCACAUCUGUGCCAUCUGCUACGCUUACACCCUGGCUGACACAGCAAUCGCAUGCUCAGGAUAUGACUUCAGCCUCCUCCCCUUUGCCACUGACCCCAGGGCAGCUCCGCUUGUCCACACAUGAUGCAUCAAUUACAGGGCACUUUUCAACACGCAGAGCAAUAUCAUCUGGUACUACAGGUGUAACUGUGAGAGAGGAGGUGGUGGAUAUUUUGUCUGAAGAUUUGUCUUAUCUGGUGUCACAUCUGGAUCCUUUCACUGAAUACAUGUUCAGAGUCACUGCUUCCACCACUGUGGGAGAGGGCCCUGCCACAGAUAUCACUGAGAAGACCAGGGAGCAGGUCCCAAGCUCAGUGCUCGACGUGUCCUAUCAAAACAUUAGCUCCAGCUCCAUACGAGUGAGCUGGGCUCCACCCCCCAGCCCAAAUGGACGGAUCACACAUUACACUGUCUAUGGCCUCAAUCUACAGAGUAAUAAGUCCCAGCAGUGGGUUACAAACUCUACCAGCAUACUGAUAACAGCCCUGGACAAAUAUACUCGUUAUAAGCUACGUGUAGCUGCAUCUACAGCUGUGGGAGAGAGCUUGCUGUCUGAGAAGGAUGACAUUUUUGUUUUCACCUUAGAGGAUGAGCCUGACUCCCCUCCUGUGAACCUCACUGUGGUAGACUCUAGGCCCUCCACCACCACACUCACCUGGUCUGCACCAGAGAAAGCCAAUGGGGUGAUCCAGCGUUACGAGGUCCUGUAUAUGAAUCACUCCCACUCUGCACUGAUAAACACGUCCUCUAACAGAGUCGUUCUGAUGAACCUCAAACCAUUCUCCUACUAUAACGUGUCUGUGAGGGCAUACACACGCUAUGGUCAUGGCAACCAAACGUCAAAUAUUUUGUACCUGCUGUCUGGAGAGGAUGUUCCAGGUAGUCCCCCAUAUGGCCUCUCCUAUGAGUCAGUCAGUCCCAGUGAGGUGCACAUAACCUGGCACCCUCCUCUGUCACCUAAUGGGAUCAUUACUCACUACAGCCUGGAUCUUUGGAAUUCCUCUCAUCACCUGAACCUCACCUCCCUGACCAGCUACAUCAACAUCACGCAUCUGAGGAAGUAUGCACACUAUCGUGUCAUGGUGUGGGCACACACACGUGUUGGACCGGGAAACUACACCAGUGAGCCGCUCAACAUCACUACACUGGAGGAUGCUCCAGACACACCUCCUCGGUUUUUUCGUGCCAAAAAGUUAUCAGACUAUGAAGUAGAGUUGUCGUGGCAACCGCCACUUGAAGCCAAUUCAGACAUUCUCUACUACAUUGUCAGCGUUGGUAAUGAAACAACUAAGAUGUGGCAGAAUGUGACAAAGACAUCAGUGGUUAUUAAGGUGGACUCAGAAAGUCUCUACAAUGCCUCUGUCUCCAGUUGGACCAGACUGGGAGAUGGAGGUGUGAGGAGCUACAUCAGCUUUACCGUCGCCUAUAAAGAGCCAUUUGACCCCCCACAGGAUGUGACCACUGCAAACAGGACCACCUCUUCUGUCACCUUGCUGUGGCGCCCACCUACUGAACCCAAUGGAAUCAUUGUACACUACACUAUUUACUACUCUGUUAACAACACUGUGAAUUGGCAGACUGUUCCCAUUUCACACUUAUCUACCCCUGUAUCUCCCGAUUCACCCCUCUCCUACACUCUGACUCGUCUGAUUGGGGGCACUACCUACACCAUCUGGAUGACCUCCAGCACUGCACAUGGGGACGGAGGGGUCAAGAGUGACCCAAUAACCCUGCUUUUACCUGAAGCUGUGCCAAGUGAUUCAGUCCAAAACCUGACAGCUCAGAUCUUCAGCUCCACAGCCAUCAUCGUUAGCUGGGAUCCUCCCCUGGAGCCAAACGGCCGUCUCUACUACCUGCUCACCUUACAGGAAGCCGGCAUCCCUCCAGACAUAUCCAACCAAGGCACUCCAGCUGUCAACAAGACCAUCAAGCACACCACUACUGACAAUGUCUUCCUAUUUACAAGACUCAGAAAGUAUUUCCCUUAUGUGUUUACUGUUACCCCAGCAACUGGUGCUGGCGCUGCCUACAAUCAUACCAGCACAACAUACCUGAGAACAGAUGAUGACGUUCCUAGCUCUGCUCCAUUGCUGGUGUCUACAAGGAACCUUUCAUCAUCCUCCAUCGCUGUGGUCUGGCAGCGCCCUCUUGAGGCCAAUGGGGAAAUAACAGAGUAUACCCUCAUGUUGUUUGGCCCAGGGGAUUCUAACAUAACACAUACCCCCACCACCUCGUUCAUCCUCACUGAGCUCCAUCCAUACACAGCUUACAACCUCACUAUAACAGCUGCGACGCGUAAAGGCUCAGGGCCUUAUCUGCUGCUGCAGCUGCACACUGAUGAGGCAGGCCCCACGUCUCCUCCCCGUAACCUAAUUAUAUACAACCAGACGGCAGUCUCUGUGUGGCUGAGCUGGGAGCCUCCUCUGGAGCCAAAUGGAGUAGUGAUACAGUAUGGCUUCAGGAUCCAGGACCUCAUGACACACACUGUCACACACCGGAAUUCCUCUGGUCCGUUGACCAAACAGUAUCUAUCAGGCUUCAAACCUCAUAACUCCUAUGAGAUCAGUGUUUACAGUUACACCAGAGUGGGCCAUGGCAAUCAGUUCAGCAGCCCUAUGACCUUCACCACUAAUGAGUCAGCAUCUGAUGCUGUGGGAAACCUGUCUUGCUUGGGAGUGAGCUGGGAUUCAAUUCAGCUAUUUUGGGAACUUCCAGCCAACCCUAAUGGGCAGAUCCUUUUUUAUGAGAUCCAAGUGAAGGUAGACUUGCAGUCCUACACGCACCAGUCUCACUCACCAGGGUACACCAUUACUGGGCUAUCACCAAAGCAGAAGUAUGCAUUCACUGUGGCUGCAGUCAACUCUGCAGGACUUGGAAACAGAGUAAACUGUACAGCUUCCACUCUUUCUGAAUCAGUCCCAACUGCCCCUCUCUUCUUCACCAUCUCUCAAGUCACAGCUAACAAUGUGACUCUUCAGUGGGCUCCACCACACUCCAUUCCAGGCCUGUUAAAAGAGUACCACAUCACUGCCCAGCUGCUUUCAACUGUCUGUGAAACGUUCAUUCCACCUACUGUGCAGCCAGCCUCAGAGGGUGAACUGUCUUUAGCCUGUGUGGAAUCUAGUUUCACAGAGUUAGUGCCUGCUUUGGGCAGCACUAAAAAGAACCACAGCAUCACACUCAGUUCCCUGGCUAAAUACAGAUACUACCGCUUCAAAGUGGCUGCUGUGACCAACGCUGGAGUUGGACAAUAUACACUCUGGAAUUAUGCACGCACAUUGGUUGGAAGCCCCGAUGAACCUCCCCGUAACCUAAAAGUGACCCCAACUUCCAACAGCCUUCACAUUGCCUGGGACCUUCCAGCUGUUCUCUCUGGACCAACUUCAUAUCUUGUGCAGGUGAAUGGUACCGGUUUGAACGUCUCAACAGUCCGGGCUCCAGAAGAGUUGAGGAUUGUUAUUUUGACUAACUUGACUGCUUUCACCCGUUACCUUGUGACUGUCACUGCCUUCACUGGUCCUUUGGAGAACGCUACCAGUGAGGGGAAAGCCAUUGGACCUACUGAAUUUCGAACACUGGAGCAGGAACCCAAAGACCCACCCAAGAAUGUGAAUGUAUCAGCUAUCCCAGAGGAAGUGAACCGUGUGAUGGUAACCUUUAACCCCCCAGAAGAGCCCAAUGGAAACAUCACCGCCUACAUUGUGUACAUAUAUGAAAAGGACCAGCUGGUCAAGAACUUAAGCCUUAGUUCAGAUAAAAUCAAAAGCGAGCAUAACACACUGACUGCUGUCAUAGAGGGCCUAAAAGGAGGACGCAGCUACAGUAUACAGAUUUCAGCAAGGAACGGGGCUGGUAGGAGCCCUCCCAGCUCACAUGUGCAGAUAACAACAGGGAUCAAAGCCCCGGACAAGCCAACUCAAAGACCCCAGGCAGUGAUGGGCCAAGGAGGGGUUGCCAUAGUAACCCAUAAGACUAUCAUCAUCCACAUGCCUGUCUGUUUCUAUAGUGACGAUAAUGGACCAAUCACAAAAAUUCAGGUCAUCGUGGCCGAGUCAGGAGUUAAGGACAUCCAGAAUCUGACCAACUGGAGGAAUGCAUUUCUUGAUCGUCCUGCCCCUUACCUGACUGACAUUGGGUUCCCCAACCCUCCGUGUCUUUUGAGGAAUGAGGGUUUGCGCACAGACACACACAGCAGAGGUGUUCACAAUGUGUCUGGAGACAGCUGGGCCUUAGUGAGGAACAAUCGCACUACGCCACUUACCUAUGUGAUUGGAGAGAACGAUGAUUGUAUGGGGGAGAAUCACACAGACAGGUUCUGCAAUGGACCUCUGAAGUCUGACACAGUCUAUGUGUUUAAGUUCAGAGCGACUAACAUCAAUGGCCAACACACAGAGUCUGAGUACUCACUGCAUGUCAAAACUGCAGUAAUCGGGCUGAUGACUAAACAAGAGCAGAUUAUUCUAGGAGUUCUGCUGUCCGUCCUCUUAGUUGUGUUACUCAUCAUCAUCAUCUGUGCCUCAGUCAGGAUCCAUCAACGCAAGAAGGAGGGAGGGACUUAUUCACCCAGAGAGGCAGAGAUCAUAGAGACCAAGUAUAAACUGGAUCAGCUGAUCACUGUGACAGAUCUGGACCUGAAACAGGAGAAACUCAACCGGUAUUCUUCCUUCUUCUUUAGGCGGAAAGACAUUUAUGUCAUUCAGCUGCUCAGCUACAGAAAAUCACUCAAGCCCAUCAGUAAGAAGUCUUUUUUGCAGCAUGUAGAGGAGCUGUGUGCCAACGACAAUGCCAAGUUCCAAGAAGAGUUUGCUGAGCUCCCAAAGCUGCUGCAGGACCUGGCCACGACAGAUGCUGACCUGCCGUGGAACAAAUCCAAGAAUCGCUUUCCCAACAUCAAACCUUACAACAACAAUCGAGUGAAGCUGCUGUCAGAUCAAGGCCCUGCUGGCUCUGACUACAUCAAUGCCAGCUUCAUCUCAGGCUACCUGUGUCCCAAUGAGUUCAUAGCCACCCAGGGUCCUCUGCCUGGCACUGUCGCUGACUUUUGGAGGAUGAUCUGGGAAACAGGAACCCGCACUAUCGCCAUGCUCACACAAUGUUUCGAAAAAGGCAGAAUUCGGUGUCACAGGUACUGGCCUGAGGACAACAAGCCAAUGUCAGUGUUUAGUGACAUUCUAAUUUCAAAAGUGUCAGAGGAGGUUUUUCCUGACUGGACUGUCAGGACUUUGAAAGUAGAAAAGUAUGGGAACUACAUUCUGGUUCACCACUUCAACUACACAUCGUGGCCUGAGCACGGGGUCCCGGAGUCUUGCAGCACUUUCAUUAAGUUUGUCAAAGCUGUCAGAACCCACAGGCAUGACAACAGCACUAUAGUGGUUCACUGCAGUGCUGGUGUGGGAAGAACAGGUGUGUUUAUCGCUCUAGACCACCUCAUUCAGCACAUCAGAGAUCACGACUUUGUGGAUGUUUACGGCCUGGUGGCUGAAUUGCGCAGUGAGAGGAUGUGCAUGGUACAGAAUCUGGCCCAGUACAUCUUCCUGCACCAAAGUACCCUGGAACUUCUAAACAACAAAGGCAACAGGCAGUCCAUCUGGUUUGUCAGCUAUUCUGCUCUGGAGAAGAUGGACUCCUUGGAUGCAAUGGAAGGUGAUGUCGAACUGGAAUGGGAAGAGACCACUAUGUAAGGGUAAACUGACUACUGACCUAUGCCGGGAGGUCACCGGGAUGUGCCCUGAGCACAAACCCUGUGUGAGACCACCAUCACCAUGCAAAGUCGAGAGCAAGGUGUAGGCGAAUCGGGAGGUGAACAGCACAGUCUGAACUGAAUGGUUUGUCAGUCGACUAAGGCUUUGUUGCUGCACUUCAGCCCAUUUCACAGCACAGUCCUCCCUUUACUGAACCUCUUGUGUACUUGUUUUCAAAGAGAGUGAGUGAAACAAAAGGAAUUUCAGGAAGAAUGGGGUGAAAGAGAAAUAUGAGGUGACUGAGAGCUCUAUCAUAUGCAUAAGACUACAGGUACUUUGCACCAAUUGAUUUUACUUUGUCUUAUAAUUACUCUAUUUUGUUGAUAUCAUUUGUUUUUGUAAAAUAAUUUAUUCAGCCAAAAUGUUGGGUUUUUUUUUUUCAUUUUCUUCGUAAUUCUGCCUACAUCAAGGUGUUGAUCCUUUCUCAAGUGUGAUUUGCAAAAAUAAAGCAAGUUGUAUUUUUUUCUGGCCUUGAUACUUAACACUAAAACACUUUACAAAAUCCAGUAUUGCCGUGCGGCUAAACUCAUCCUCUAAUGAAUGAAUUCAAACCCUGUGUGCUGGGAGGACACAGGAACAGCAUUGUAGACUGAUUUCCCAUAAGCUCUUUCAUUCCACUGUCCUCCCUGCACACCUGGUGCAGAUUGGGUCAUUACAGGGGCUGGCAGAGCUGCAACAGUUGAGGAUCAUUAUAGACAAGACAGUCUGAGGCCAAGAGUAAAAACUACUUUAUUCUUUCAUUCUCUUCAAACAGAAAAAAAAUUAGAAAUAUUCCAUUAGUAAACAUUUUAAUCCUUAAGAAAUCUCCUUUUUUAGAAAUAUUGUGAGGGUGCAAGGAUUAAUGAUAGUGCUCCAUAGUGAGGAUGCAAAUUGCUGUGUCUCCAUGACAACCAGAGAGAGGGCGGGGCAGAGGAGUAAUGUUUUGGGCAGAAAGCAGGGGGAAAGGGGGGAAAUGACAUCAAUCACCCCAGCAUGCCCUGACAAUAAUGAUACAACUAUAAAAUUAGACUCCUCCCUUGUACAUUAAAUUAAAAAGCAAAACAAAAAGAAAUCUCAUGCUGUAUAGUACAUGUCAGUCAGAGUUUAUGGUAAACUAAGUGGAGUUGCUGACUGGAGAAAUCAAGCGGUUUCUAAGAUGAAUCUACGCUGGAUUUAUUGUUGCUUUGGCAGCUAUAUUCAUGUUUGUGUACUUACAUCAGUGUGUGUGUGUGGUGUGAACAUGUGUGUGUGCCUGUAUAACAUACACUAAGUUAGUAGUUUAUUAGCUACACCAGUAAAUUAUUGUAGUCUAAUACAACAGUCCUACAAUAAAUCCUCCCUUUGUGAAGAUGCUCAGAUGUAGUUUUUGUUGAAACAGUUUUAGAGAGGUGUAGUUUUAAUUAGGCUUACCUAAUAAACAGCCAGCUAAGUGCACGAACUCUGUGUGUGUGUGUGUGUGUGUGUGUGUGUGUGUGAGUGUGUGAGCUGUGAUUUACUGUAUGUAUUUACUAAUACAGCAUAGCCCUUUACAUACCUUAACAGGUGACACUAUUUCUUAAUAAUCCUGUAAUAAUAUAUGGUAAUUUUAAUGAUGAAUGCAAAUCUAUAAUAAUCUGUAUGUGUUACCAUGGUAACUGGAGUGUAUUCUAUAAAAGCUGCCUGUUUCCCAUCUCUCAUAGCGUUAGGAUUUAGGACACCCGCAAUAUUAAAUGUGAAUAAUAAUAUUAACUAUAAUAGCCUUUUUUCUUUUAAACUAGAUCUUCUCUGUACAAAUACAUAUUUAGAUACACACACUGGUCAAACCAAUCACUUUUUCAGAAUAAAUCUAUAUUACCUAUUUACAAUAUGCCCAAUAUAUUCUAUGGUGCAAAAGGUACAAGACAUGUUCAGUGUGCCAGUCGGAUGAUUUGUGAUCUGCUGUACAAACUGGCUCAAACUACCAAUACUGGACAGAUGACACAGUAAUGAAAUCAACAGUUAUUACAUGAACAUCAUCAGUUUUCCCCCUGAUUUCACAUUCAGUAAAGGAAUGCAUCUCUGCUUAUAUAACAUCUUCAGUGUGCAAGGAAUAACAUAAUACAUUAGAGGGGAGUAGUAUUUCUCUGGGGUGAACUUAGUCUGCCCUGUAUUUUUAUUCAUGUUUAAACUAAAGCAGACUAAGGCAGAGAAACUGUCUAAAUCCAAAGGUAACACUGAUAUUCAUACUAGGUAACCUACUAGGAGUAAAUGUACAGAAGGAGAAAGGCUUCACCUGCCUGUUUUUGCCUUGUUUUGGAUGAAUUAUCAGCUCUACUCCCUACUGCCCAUGAGUAAGCAGAAUGAACACAGUAAACAAACACAUAGCUCUCAGUACAACUCAGAGGUGCAGAUUACAUGUUUCAGUGCUGCAAAUCCUUUCCUGACCUUUCUGAGAGCACAACACCACAGAAUCAG